UCGGGCAAGUUGCUCACGGCGCCAAGAUUUCACCAACAAAACCCCAUUUCGUAUCGUCACCUAUCCCAACACAACUGCAAUACCAUGCGGGAAAGCUUCAUCAUUUCUAGGCAAUCCUCGCCCGCGAACCCGUGGCUCGCAUAUGGGCUCUAUUAUGGCAGGUAA